AGGGCCACCCAGGAGGAGCUGAAGCGCACGCCCAGCCCGGGGCCCGCGGACCUCCCCUUCCAGCGCAGGCCUUCCACUCGGGUGGCCAUCGCCCCCCGCGAGCGCCUGCUGGGGCCCCUGAGCCAGGAAGAGGCAGCCGUCCCCGAGGAGGAGGAGGGAGUGACCCCGAGGCCCGCCCCGGACCUGGCCAGCCUGGAGGCUGAGCGGAACGUGGGCAUCCUGAACCACAUCCUGGACGACGUGGAGAGCUUUGUGGCCAAGCUGCAGAAGUCCGCCGAGGCUUCCCGAGUCCUGGAGCACCGGGAGCGGGGCCGGAGGGCCAGGCGGAGAGCACCCGGGGAGGGCCUCCUGACUCUUCGGGCGAAGCCCCCCACGGAGGAAGAGUACACGGACAUCCUGCAGAAGAUCAAGUACUCCUUCAGCCUGCUGGCCCGCCUGCGCUCCAACAUCACGGACCCUUCGGCCCCGGAGCUGCUGCACUUCCUGCUGGGCCCCCUGCAGAUGGUGGUGGACACGUCCGGAGGCCCCAGCUUUGCCCAGGCCGUGCAGCAGCCUCGCUUGACCGCGGAGGCCGUGGCCCUGCUCAAAGAGACCUUGACCGCCCGGGAGGCUGAACUCUGGACUUCUCUGGGAGACUCUUGGACCAAGGCCAGGCUCGAGCUGCCCCCUGAGGAAGGCACCCCCUACUCCCCAGUCUUCUACAGUGGCUGGGAACCAGCCCCCACCAGCCCCGGGGGCCAGCCUUGGGAGGACCCAGUGGAGGGCCAACACCGCCAUGAGAGGCGUCGGUGGCAGCAAUCGGCCCCACAGAUUGAAGUCAAUGGUCACACAGAACCAGACUCGGAGCUGGAGCCGGGGCCAGAGCCGGAGUCCAGGGUUCCGGGGAAGUGGGUUCUCUGUAACUACGAUUUCCAGGCCCGGAAUGGCAGUGAGCUCUCGGUCCAUCGAGGGGACCUGCUAGAGGUGCUGGAUGAUACCCGGAAGUGGUGGAAAGUUCAGGACCUUCAGGGCCAGCAGGGGUACGUCCCCUACAACAUUCUCACCUCUCACCCAGGACCCCCAAGCAGAAAGGCCAGCCCUGCCAGGGCGCUGGAGCAGAGGACGCCUCCCCCGCCCUUGGCCCCAGCCCCCCCCAGGCCCCGAUGGGGCAGCACCGACAGCCUGGACCUGGAUGCGGGGGAGAAGGAGAAGUUCGCGCACAUGCUGAGCGUCAAUGAGGAGCUGCAGGCCCGGCUGGCCCAGGGCCCCCGGAGUCCCCGGAGCUCCAGUCGCGGGGCCGUCACGGCGCGCCUGGCGCCGCCCGAACCCCCGCUCAGCCCCGGCUCGCCGGCCCCCCAGGUUCGCGCCUGGCUGCUGGCCAAGGGCUUCAGCCCCGGGUGA